AUGGAACUGAAGGCCCGCUUCGCUUAUAUCCGGCUGGCCACCAUGGCCAACCACUUCGAUCUGGCCGCACAAUCAAUCUCCCACUGGGACCAGAUCGAUGGCCAACUUCAAGCCAACCGCCCGCGCAGUGAAGACUGGAACAAUGCGUGGACGCUCCUGGUCGUCCAGAAGGACCAUCUCCUUUUUGGCAUGUCCCCGCUCCUGGCGGACCUCGAUCGAGACAACUGCACCUGCCCCACCGACGACGAGGUCACGAUCCAGUUGGGAAUGAUGACAUGA